AAUCCCCUGAGAGAUGUCUUGUCCUAUGUUCAGUCUCACACUCAGAGGGUCCCAGGUCACAUCUCUUCUCAACUCCUCAUUCGCCAUGCAGCUGCUGGGCUAUGUUGCUUUCUUCCUCCUGUGCCGUCUCCCUUUCCUCUUUCCGUCUAAGUCUAACUUACAAUGCAACGAAACACAGUAUUCCUGGCCAGUGGAAACAGCCAAGCUUUGCUGUGAUAAGUGCCCACCAGGUAAACAUAUGGCUCGGCGUCCCGACGAGUCAUGUACAAUUGAAUGUAAACUUUGCGAGGGGGAGCGAUACAUUCAUUACUACAAUGUGGCGAUGAACUGCGAAUUCUGCAGAAGUUGCAACAAAUCGAACAUGGAAUACAAGUCCCGCUGUAAAACCGAUCAGAACGCUGUGUGCAGAUGCAAAGCUGGCUACAGAUGCAGAGACCCAUCCUGUACACAGUGUGUGCCGAAACCACCCACCACCAAAUCUACACUACCUCCAUCCACUACCACCUCCACACCUGAAGCUCUCACAACACUCAAGCCCACGAAAUCAGUCAGAGAGACGGUGUGGUUCCUGGUGAUAAUCGCCCUCCUGUGUAUUGGAAUCGCACUUGUCAUUGUAACUAAAAUAAAGCCCUUUCUGAGCUGGAUCAGGGCCAAGGACUGUAAGUAG